AUGCCGUCCUCAAAGUUCUCCCACCUCCCCCUCAGCACCUCGGGCCCCAUCCCCUGCGCCGUCACCGGCGCCGCCCUGCUCAACACGCCCUAUCUCAACAAGGGCACCGCCUUCCCGCACGACGAGCGCCGCGAGUUCAACCUCACCGGUCUGCUCCCGCAGAGCAUCCACACGCUGGACCAGCAGCUCAAGCGCGCCUACGAGCAGUACGCCAGCCGCCACGACGACCUCGCCAAGAACACCUUCCUCACCUCCCUCAAGGAGCAGAACGAGGUGCUGUACUACCGCCUGCUGCAGGAGCACCUGCCCGAGAUGUUCAGCAUCGUGUACACGCCGACUGAAGGCGACGCGAUCCAGAACUUCUCGCGGCUGUUCCGCAGGCCGGAUGGGUGCUUUUUGAACGUGAAUGAUGUGGACAGGGUGUAUCAUGACCUGGCGCAGUGGGGGAGGCCGGAAGACAUAGACUACAUCGUCGUCACUGACGGCGAGGAGAUCCUCGGGAUCGGCGACCAGGGCGUCGGCGGCGUGCUCAUCUCCGUCGCCAAGCUCGUCCUCACGACGCUCUGCGCCGGCAUCCACCCCAACCGCACGCUGCCCGUCGUGCUGGACUGCGGCACCGACAACCAGGAGCUGCUCGACGACGAGCUGUACCUCGGCCUGCGCCAGAAGCGCGUGCGCGGGCACAAGUACGACCGCUUCGUGGACGAGUUCGUCAAGGCGGCGCGGAGGCUGUAUCCGAGGGCGUAUAUCCACUUUGAGGAUUUCGGGUUGACAAAUGCCAGACGCAUCUUGGACCAGUACCGCCCGCAUAUCCCCUGCUUCAACGACGACGUGCAGGGGACGGGCUGCGUCACCCUCGCGGCCAUCAUGGCGGCGCUGCACGUCAGCAAGCAGAAGCUCUCUGACCUGAAGCUGGUCAUCUUCGGGGCCGGCUCGGCGGGUGUUGGCAUCGCGGACCAGGUGCGGGAUGCGAUUGCCGCGGAGGGGGGCAUCGGCAAGGAAGACGCCGCCAAGCAGAUCUGGCUGAUUGACAAGCCCGGACUCCUGAUCACCUCGAGCGAGCUCUCCCCCGCGCAGAAGAGCUUCGCUCGCGACGCAGCCGAAUGGGACGACACCUCCGCCGACCUCCUAUCUGUCAUCAAGAAGGUGGAACCAAACGUCCUCAUCGGCACGUCCACCAAGCCCAAAGCCUUCACCGAAGAAAUCGUCCGCGCCAUGGCUGCCGGCGUCGAGCGCCCCGUCAUCCUCCCCCUCUCCAACCCCACCCGCCUCCACGAGGCCGUGCCUGAGGACAUCCUCAACUGGACCGACGGCAAAGCCCUCGUCGCCACAGGAUCCCCCUUCAAGCCCGUCAAAGGCCCCUGGGGCCCCGACGGCAAGGAAAUCGAGAUCGAGGUCGCGGAGUGCAACAACAGCGUCGUGUUCCCGGGCAUCGGGCUCGGCGCGGUGCUGUCCCGCGCGCGGCUGGUCACGGACAAGAUGCUCGUGGCGGCGGUGGAGGGCGUGGCGGCGCUGAGUCCCGCGCUGGAGGACCAGACGGCGCCGCUGCUCCCGGGGGUGGAUGUGGUGAGGGAUGUGAGUGUGAGGGUGGCAAGGAACGUGAUCAAGGCGGCGGUGGCGGAGGGGGUGGCGACAGAGGAGGGGAUCCCCGAGGAGGACAGGGAGCUGGACGAGUGGGUGAGGGAGCAGAUGUGGACGGCGGAGUAUAGGCCGUUGAAGCUUGUGGGCAUGGAGGGGGCGAGCAGGGAGGCGAAGGGGGAGAUGGGCGUUGCGGGGAGCUUUAGCAAGCCUGGGAGUUGGUAG